UGAUCACUAUCACAUGAAUGUUUCUCAAUCACCUUGAUCAGGAUGUUAUUAAAUAUGGACGAAACUACGUCGGCUCCCUCUACCAGUACCUCAUAUGAUUCAUGGCCGCUCUUUCGACAUCAAGAACCAAGGAAUUCUUGGAACUCUUGGAUGGGAUAUUUAAACACUAUGCUGCCCAUAGACCACUUAUACAGCGUAUCCUCAACAUAUCAUUUGUCUUGUAUGUCCUGGGAACAACUUACAAAGGUUUCUCUGCCCGACCCGCUCCCAAAAGCCAAUUGAAGAGAAACAAAGAUGCUGGAAACGAAGAGGAGAUGCGUCGGCCUCCAAGAGUCGCGGUCGACGCAUUGUUUUACCAGAGAUUGCGCCACAUACUCCGCAUAGUUAUCCCUGGUAUAAGGUCCAAGGAGGCACUCAUGCUCAUCAUGCACUCUAGCUUACUGAUCGCGCGGACAGCCAUUUCCCUUUACGUUGCUGCCCUCGAUGGAAAAAUCGUCGCCUCGCUCGUUCGCGCAAAGCCUCUCGAAUUUGCAUACAACAUCAUCCGAUGGCUUCUCGUCGCAAUUCCUGCUACGUGGACUAACAGCUGGCUCAGCUACAUUCAAAGCAAACUUGCGAUCGCAUACAGGACACGAUUGACUGAUCUGGUAAUGAGAGAGUAUCUUGGGGGUAAAAACGAAGCAGGGCCUGAAGGAAAAGUGUAUUACAAGAUAUCAAAUUUGGACGACCGAAUCAAAAAUCCUGACCAAAUGAUCACACAUGACAUUCAACGCUUUUCUGCUAGUCUCGCGGCUAUCUACUCGAACCUUGCAAAGCCCGUGCUCGAUGUGAUCUUGUACAACUAUCAACUAUCACAAAAUGUCGGCGCUGAGGGCCUAGUCGGACUCACAAUAUUGGUCCAACUCAGUGCUGCGUUGUUGCGCAGUCUGACACCCAACUUCGGUUCAUAUACUGCCUUAUCAGCGCAACUUGCGGGUGCUUUGCGACAUAGUCACUCACGCCUAGCUGAGUUCUCUGAGGAGAUUGCGUUCAUGAGAGGAGAAGAGACAGAAAAGAUGCUCAUCGAAAGAGAGUUCGCUACUGUCAUUUUGCAUGAACGUAGAGUUUUAAGACGGAGGUGGUGGUUUGGUUGCGUUGAAGAAGGGAUCGUGAAAUGGUUAUGGGGAAGUUUCGGGCUCGUACUAUGCGCUAUUCCGGUAUUCUUCAAGCUCCCAGGCGCUGAUAAUAUCGACCUAGGAGGUCGAACGGAAGGUUUCGUGACAAACCGAAGGCUUUUAUUAUCUUCAUCUGAUGCAUUCGGUCGCGUCAUGUAUUCGUACAAGGAUCUGUCCGAGCUAGCUGGAUACACUGCUCGUGUCUCCGCGCUUCUUGAGACAAUGGAAGAUGUCAAGAAAGGCAAAUUCACAAAGGCUCUUGUGAGUAGUGCAAGCACAGAAGAGAAUGCUAAAAUUUUGCAAGGAAGAGGCGAAGUAUUCAUUUCCGAAGAUAUCCAAUUUGAGAACGUCCCCAUUGUCACACCAAAUGGUGACAUCCUAGUUAGAAGCCUUAGCUUCAAGAUUCAACCCGGUCAACAUCUAUUAAUCGUCGGACCCAAUGGCUGUGGAAAAUCUUCUCUUUUCCGUAUAUUAGGUGGUUUGUGGCCUGUGUACGGGGGAGUCGUGCGUAAACCACCAGCGUCCUCAUUUAUUUUGAUCCCACAACGGCCAUAUCUCACAAUCGGUACUCUGCGAGACCAAGUCAUCUAUCCACACAGCCAGCGGGAGAUGAUAGCUCGGGAUAUCACUGAUGAUGAUUUGUUCAAGGUCCUUAAGGUGGUCCAAAUGGAGAAUGUCGUGGAGCGUGAAGGUGGCUGGGACUCAAUAAGGGAGUGGAGAGACGCGCUGAGUGGAGGUGAUAAACAAAAGAUUGCAUGGGCUCGAUUAUUCUACCAUAAUCCUAAAUAUGCCAUUCUCGAUGAGGCUACUUCACUUGUUCCCCUAGAAAUGGAAGGUCGGAUGAUGGAGCAUGCGACGAUGCUGGGGAUUACGCUGUUAACGGUGUCCCAUCGACCUUCACUUUGGAAAUAUCAUGCGAUGAUCUUACAUUAUGAUGGCCAGGGAGGAUAUGUAUUUACUAAGCUCGAUGCCGAGAAGCGACUAGCUCUACAAACCGAGAAGCAAGCUCUCGAAGCGAAGCUGGCUGAUGUACCACGAAUGAAAGCCCGGCUAGCUGAACUGAAAGGGUUCUGAGCGACUUCCAGCGUCUUGUACAUUUUGUUUUUACCCUACUCUGGAGUCAUGCUGUAUUACUAUCUAUACUACUUAAGCGCUUCAAGCGCCGAAUCCAUGACUAAUUUUGGAGAGCCUGAUGGUACUC